AUUCAUGCUAAUUAGGUUAUCAACCAAUAUCAUUAAAAGAAUAAGGUAAACAUAUUGCGUUUAAGUACCUAUUCUAUUGUAUUUAAGAAUUCAACAAGAACUCAGUUGGAAACUAUGUCUAAAAUUGAUGAUCUAGAAAAAGUAUAAUAAGAAUGGAUAAAUUUGGCAAAAUAAAAAGACAAUAACACAUUUGAUUAAGAUGAUGAAGUGGAAGAGUAAGAAGAUAAGAAAGAAGCUAAAGUUGAUCGAGAUUUAUAAGAAAGUGAUAGUGAUUCUGAUUCUGAUGAUGAUGAACCAAAGGGUGGUAGAAAAAUACCUUUGGUUGAGUUAGUCAAAGGUUUCAUUCCAAGACUUUUAAGACCAGAACCUCAAGAGUGAUAUAUAAAUAUAGUGUGAU